GCGCUGCACAAAAGCUGGAGGCGUUACAUCACAUCACAUUGACGCAUUGACGUUUCGUGCGUGACGAACCAGGAAAUAAAAGUAAACAACGCACAGGAAGACGAGAAUGUUAUGUAGCGUUAUUAGUCAUCCAUUCUCACUCCGAGCCUGUGAUUCCUGUGGUGAUUUAUUCAUAAUGAAUGAAGGAUUUAUAUCCCGAUAAGGACAGGGAGCCAGUUAGAGACAGGCUGAAAACUGGUAAGACACCCGUAGAGUGGAGAGGAGUCGGGUGCGGCAGCCGCUAAUGAUAGCUAGCUCGAUGUGGCUGUUUCCUGUAUUGUUUGAAUUUGUUUACAAGAUGAAAUACCCUCACGACCGUGGCUUAAAAAUGUCUCCUUGACGUUAGAUUUAGCUAUGUUAGCCAUCAGAUCGUCCGAGGAGGAGUCCACUGAGAUGGAGGAGAUGGACACCUCAGAGCCCAACUGGUGCUGGUUCUACUUGGCUGAGUGUGGAGUGUGGCAUAUGUUCGAGAUUGAUCCCAGUGCAGCCUGCUCUGUGACAAGUGCUCAGAUUGAGCAGUGCUACAACAGAAACCAACGAGGUGUUAUGGAAUUCUACACAGCGAAGUACACCUACAGACUGGACUUCUCAGUCAUGCGGCAGAUAAACGUAACGACGGGGAAGCAGCGGCCAAUCAAACGCUCCCUCCACUCUGCAACGGGCUUCAGGUUUAUUUGUGAUAAUCUUGCCUUGCCUGUUCCGUGUCAUUGGGAGAGAAUCAACACAGAUGAGCCCUAUCAGCUCAUCCAGCUCGGAAGAGACACCUAUGAGUUUAAAGAAGUCGCCAGACUGUAUGAAAGGACUAUGGAUCAUCCAAUCAAAUCCAUCCAGAGGAUUCAGAACCUGGACUUAUGGGAAUUCUUCUGCAGGAAGAAAACACAGUUGCGAAAAGUCAAGCGCACAUUGGAUAUUGAGGAACGAAUGCUGUUUCACGGCACAGGACACAGCAACAUACAAGCUAUAUGUACAUUUAACUUUGACUGGCGGCUGACAGGAAGCCAUGGCGAUGUCUAUGGCAAAGGGAGCUACUUUGCCCGGGAUGCCAAAUACUCCAGUAAAUUCUGUCACACCACAGGGAAGCACAACACCACCCUGCAGAGACACGGACUCGCCCCACCAAUAUUUGCUAGCGAGCCUCCCUACAAGACCAUGUUCCUGGCCAGAGUGCUCGUUGGAGAAUACACUGUCGGUCAUCCCAUGUACUGCAGACCGCCCUCCAAGGAUGCCAGCUUCACCAACUUUUAUGACAGCUGUGUGGACGAUAUGGCCAAUCCAAAGAUUUAUGUCAUUUUUGACAGUAAUCAGAUUUACCCAGAGUAUCUGAUUGAGUUCUACUGAAGCCUGAAACGGAGAUAUGUACUUUUUUUUAAUAGAGGCUGGAUCUCAAAAACUGAAACAUUUUGGAUACAGAAUCAGAUGACGGACAAAAUGGAAAAUGCUUAAGGGACUUUUGCUUUUUCUUUCAGUCAGAUCCAGUGCCUAACUGAAUCUGAGUCAUCUAAAGUGCCUUUGGGGAAAUUGGAAAACAAAGAAGACAGUAAAGGCUUUGUGUACACUUUGUAUACUGUACAGUAUAUUCUAAGACGGGCUGUCUCUCUGACGUAAAAAAAAAAAAAGGAUGAAAAUAAUGACUAAAGACCAGUCUUUGUGGUAAUUUUGUAUUAAUUGCAGAUUCUGUGCUUGCUUGUUCAAUAUCUGUGCACAGUUGUUAAAAAUAAGAGUGGCACUUGCAGCCUGUAGGUUAUAUAGGUGAUGUCCCGCCAUCGGCAACAGCCCUUCCUUCACAUCCACAGUGCCACGCAUGAGCUUAUUUACAAGUCAUGUUGUCAUGAAUCCAAAUAACGAAGCCAAAAACCACAACAUGUUCCUGCUCACUCAUAUAGCACCGUGAUCCAUCAGUCAGUGAACAUCCACAUCUGUGUGUACCUAGUACAAUGUAUUACGUAGGCAUGGGUUUUGUUUUUGUUUUUAUUCAAAAAACGCUUCUACCUCUACAUUUUUUUUGAACCAUGCAUCAGUGCACUUUCCCCCCUUUCCAUGAAAGGUUUUGUAUUUGUGUCACAAUGACAUAAAGUUGUGAUGUCAUGUUCACUUGUGGUCCCUGAGCAAUAUGUUCCCUUCUUGUGCAUCUUUUCUGACCAUUGACUUCAGUCUUUAAAAGACUUAACAAUGACUGAGGUUGGAUUUCGUGGUUCAACCCGAAACCAGAAUAAGAUCCGUAUCAGCAUCACAUUUGACUUAAAAAAACCAUCCGAGUGCGACGUCACCACCUGCUAACGUCUUUCUUUAGAGGAUUACACAGGUUAUCUUUGCACCUGUGUAAAUUUAUCAACAAAAAAGAAUGUAGCCAGCACAUGUAUAGUACUGUAAUGGAAAGUAACCACACAAUGUAAUAUUGCUUUGCUGUGUGUGUGUUUGUUGACUUUAUUGUAUGACUGUGUGUGUGUGUGUGUGUGUGUGUGUGUGUGUGUGUGUGUGUGUGUGUGUGUGUGUGUGUGUGUGUGUGUGUGUGUGUGUGUGUGUGUGUGUUUGAGCAAGGAUAAUAAUAAAGCAGAGUACUAAGUUUGCCACAAGGUGGUGCAAAAGUAAAAUGGAUGCAGCAGUGGUGUGUAUGAAGCUCUAUGUGUGUGUCUGUGAUUUGCAAAUGUUAAAGCAAAUAAACUUUUAAAAGUAA